GUUCCAGUUUUUCCCCAACUCCAACCAUCCCUUUCCAUCAACAGCAUGUCUGUCCCUUGUCUACCUGCCACUCAGAUCAAGAUGGAGGACACCACUUCCAGCGACGCUGAGACCAAAGCAGCCCUCAGCAGAGACAGAGCAAUCUACGAGAGUGGUGCCAACCAGGCCAACAUCUGCAAACUCUUCGAGUCCGGCUUGGACCACGCCGUCAACGUCGUUCAGAUCCAAAACCAGAUUCAGUCACGCAACAUCAAGUACCAGCAAAUCCUCGCAGUCUGGGAGAAGCACAAGCGCGAAGCCCUUCCCUGCGCCACUGUCAAUGAGAUCAUGCUCAGGCUGGCCGAGCUCGUCACCAGCGACCAUGAAUUCCUUACCGCAAAGUUCGAGCACCAUGUGAAGAAGGAUAGCGAGUCAAACUUGCUGAUCAAGAAGCUGUACGAAAAGGAGAAGAAGAUCGAGAUGGAGAAGUGGAUAAAGAGGGAGGAGAUCAACUGAUCGCAUGCAGCUCAAGUGCCUGCUGAGCUAGAUUUCUACUGCCUGAGCACGCUGCUCUUAGAUCUUUGGCAGCUUCUAGAAUGCUCGAUAGAUUCCGGAAGAAAGGAAAGAGAGAACACAAGCAGUG